AUGGAUAACAGUGAAGGUGAUGCAGCUAAUUUUAAAAACAAGAGUGAUAGAAAUAGUGAGAAGAGUUUUGAUGAUAUAUUUCCCAGUGAAUUUGAAGAUGUUGUUUCUAAUGAUUCUAGGAGAGACUUUGUGAUUCAAGAGGGAUUUGAGAGGUUGUUUGUGAAAAAUGAAAGCUACAAAGUCAGUGCUGUAUGUAAAGCAAUUGGAUGUACUUGGAGAGUGUAUGCUUCCCGUGUUUCAAUGACCAACACUGAUGACAAGACUUUUAUGAUAAAGUCUUAUAUUCCAACACAUACAUGCAUCAGGAGAACAGAACACAAGAGUGUUACAUCAAAAUGGAUAGCAGGAAAAUUUACAAAUCAGGUUAAGACUGAUCCAAACAUAAAUGUAAAGACAAUGAAGGCAGUUUUGGGUUCAACAGGAAUUCAAGACUCUUAUAUGAAAAUGUACAGGGCACGCAACAUUACUGUAGAAAUUAAUCAAGGUAGCUUUGCACAGUCAUAUGCACUAUUACCUGAGUAUGCUAAUUUGGUCUUGAAGAACAUGCCUGGUAGUAUAGUCAGGCUACGUUAUAAUGAUAGGCAAGACAUGUCACAAUCUCCAAUGUUUAAGAGGUUGUUUGCAUCAUUUUAUGCAUGCACUGAAGGUUUCAAGAAGGGAUGCAGACCAUUCAUUGGUAUUGAUGGAUAUCAUCUCAAGGGAAAGUAUGGUGGUAUUCUACUGUCAGUCAUAUCUGUUGAUGGGAAUAAUGUCUUGUUCCCCAUUGCAUUUGAAAUAGUAGAAGUAGAAUGCAACGACAGUUGGCUCUUUUUCCUUGAAUGUUUAAAGGAGGGACUUGGAGAUCCCAGCCAUGAUUAA